AUGCGGCGCGCGCUGUCGGCCGCGGCGGGGAAGCUGGCGCGAGCGCUGGACGCGCGCGGGGGAAGUCAGAUUGGAGAGCUCGCGAACGCCGCCACUCGCGUUCGUCCGCUCAGCUCCUCGGCCGGGGGCGAGGCGAGCGAGCUCGCGACGACGCGCGGGGAGCUCGAAGUCAGCGCGUCGACGCGCGGCGAGCUCGACGUCAGCGAGACUACGUCGCCGCUGCUUCCCGCGGCCAUGAACGCGUGCGACGACGCCGUCGGUCUGCUCUCGGAGACGGACAAGGACGACCUGAUCGCCGCGGUGCACGCCCUGUCCGCGAGGAACAAAGGCGUGAUCGAGUUACCCGAGCGCUUGCUGCGCGCAAUACGCGUCGCGGUGAGGGAGACGGGCGCGACGCACAGGCAGAUUAAACAGAAAGGACGCACCCUCCUCGACGAGCUGAAGACGAUAUCCCGAGGCUUGAAGCCUUCCGUGGACGCGGAGGAGAGGAGCGUCAGGGCGUGGAUGAAGAACAAAUCGCAGACGGCGGGGCUGUCGCCGUCGGGCGCGAACGCGGAGGAAUCGAGAGACGAAUUAGAGCUCGGCGAGGGCGUGGAGUGGGGCGUCCGACUCCCCGUGCGCAAAGAGAGGAGACUCAGGGAAGGCGUGGGCGGCCUCGACGUCGCGAGGACGGAGAAAGGAAAGAAGAAGAAACCCGCGGCGCCCCCCGAGGCGGCGCUCGCGUACGGCCCGCUCGAAGCCGCCGCGUACGCGGUGACGCGCCUGCCGAUGACGUUCGGCGCGCACCAGAGAGCGUUCGAGGAGCUCGCGAUCCGCGCGCCGGGGUUUAAUCCGAAGACGAUGCUCGAGUUCGGCGCCGGCCCCGCGCCCGCGCUGUGGGCCGCGCGGAGGGUGUUCGGGAACGUUCUCGGGAACGUCGACGAGCGAGGGAACGCGACGCUCGUGGACGCGUCGCCGAGCAUGAUGGCGUUCACGCGACGGAUCGCGAAGAGCGUGUACGACGAGGAGGUGAGCGUGGAUCUCGGGGAUUUGAUGGACGGUGCGAUGGAGACGAAGAACAACCGCCCGCUGCCGGACCCGGACCCGUGGGGGUUGACCGGGCCGGUGCGCACCGUCGCGUCGUUGCGGUCUCUGAGCCCGAGGGCGCGUUUCGACCUCGUCGUCGCGUCGUACAGCUUGGGCGAGAUCGCCGCGGGGACGAAGCACGAGCAGCAUCAGGCGCUGCUCAGAGGCGGCGGUGUCGACUAUCAGGAGAUGCGCGAGAAGCGCGUCUCGGAUGCCGUGACGUCUCUGUGGUCCAAGGUCAACCUGGGGGGGGCGUUGGUGCUCAUCGAGACCGGUACCCCGCGCGGGUCGGAUUUGAUUCGCUUCGCGCGGUCGAUCGUCUUAGAGCACGAGCGACAGUACGCGGAGAGAGAGGGGACCGCGAUCGAUGCGCACGUCGUCGCGCCUUGCCAGCACGAUCGAAAAUGUCCCAUGGACGGAUUAGACACGUGGUGCCACUUCAGCGUGCGCGUGAAGAGAACUGAGAUGCACCGACAGAUGAUGAAAAGAGGACGAGGCCCGGAGCUGCAAAACGAGCGUUUCUCUUACGUCAUCAUUCGGCGCAUCAGUCGCGAGAACGCGAGGGAGGAGACGUUGAAGCGAGCGAAGAUUAUCGCGGUAGAGCGCGAGGGGCAGUGGGAGGGCGAUUUGGACGCCGACGACGCCGACGACGCCGACGACGUCGAAUCGGACGUCGAGGACUUUUUCACGAAAGAUGAAGAACCCAUGGUUUUCGGCUCGGAGGCUGUAAAUUACGACGAGUACGAAGACGAGGAAGAGGAACUGGAGUCCCUGACGGACAUGGCCGCGCUCUCGAGUUCUUACACGUGGGGGCGAAUGGUCCGACCGCCGAUGAAACGCAAAGGCCACGUCAUCCUCGAUCUGUGCACCGCGGAUGGCGAGUUGAGCCGUCACAUCGUCGCGAAGUCACACGCGCGCGAGACCGCCGUCGGCAGGGGCGGGUACAAGCACGCGAGAAAAUCGAGAUGGGGUGACCUCUGGCCGUUCCGUGACCCGAGAAGGCUGCACGAGAUCACCGACGACGCGGCGGCGGUGGAGGACUUUUUCAAAGACAUCGAAGACGUUGACGUGGACGAAGUGAAGGAACUUUUGUCGGGGAGCAAAGAGCGGACGACCCCGGAGGGGGUCGGGAAGGCGAAGAAGAAACCGUUCAUGAACGCAAGACGACCGAAGGAGGUGUUGCAGUUCGUUGAGAUGGAAACGGAGAUUGGCUCGAAAGCGAUGGAGGAGCAGAUCGCGGAGGGUUCCGCGGAGGACGAUCCUAGGGAACGUUGA